AUGGCGCCGCCCAGGGAGCGGUGGUCCCUGUGGCUGUCGGCUGCCUUCCUGUGUCCUUGUUUAUUGAAUGUUCUUGCUGCUGAUGUCGAAAAGUGCGAGGAACUACGACUCGGGCAAUAUCUCUGUGAUACUCCCAAGAUAAGUGAUAUAACACAAGAACCAGAAAACUGCACAAAUAAUACUGCCUUUGUUCCUUGUAUGCCAGCACCUAACAUCACCUGCAGAAAUUAUAGUGGCAUUGUAAACACUUUCAGUGGAAAGGAAGUUGGUUUCUAUAAGCCCUUUUCAUGUCGUAACGUGACUGGUUAUUCAUAUAAAGUGGCAGUAGCUCUUUCCUUAUUUCUUGGAUGGUUGGGAGCAGACAGAUUCUACUUAGGGUAUCCAGCUUUGGGUUUGUUGAAAUUCUGUACAGUUGGAUUUUGUGGCAUUGGCAGCCUCAUUGACUUUGUUCUCAUCUCCGUGCAGAUUGUUGGACCUGCAGAUGGCUCGAAUUACAUCAUAGAUUACUAUGGAGCAAGACUUACCAGAUUAUCAAUAGACAAUGAUACAUAUAGAAAGAGACAAACGGAUAUGUGAUCCUGAAAUGUCCAAUUCUGAGGAAGCCUAUCAAGGAAAUAAGGACACAGUAUGAGCAAUGCACACAUGUCAGUGGCGAAAGUGUCAGACAACUUGAUCGAAUGAAGAUUUAAGAACAUUGAUUGGUGUACAAGGCAAACAACAGACUGAAACAUUAUGUAGAAGUUAAACAGCUUCCGUUCCUAAUGAUGAGCACCUGGCUGCAUGCAGAUAGCUGGUCAAGCUGAUGAUUUUGUGACCAAGUUAUUAUGCAUAUGCAGCCUGCUGGUAUUUCACUCAGUAAAACUAUAUUAAUGUUUUUGAAAUGCUUAUACUUAUGGUGACGCUUUACUAAUCUGAUGUACUUCAUUGCUUUGCCAAACCUCAGGUAUCCAUCCACAUAUCUUCUAAUCAUUACUGCAUUUCACAAUGUUGAUUUAUGCAGUUUUAAAUUACUUCUCCAGUGUUCUUCAGCUGAUUAAUUUUAUGAACUGAAUUGGAUGUUGGCCUGAAUGUGGUAGCACUCACUGAGCCAGAAUAUUCGCUUUUAGCAUACAACCUGAACUUUGGUGCAACACUGAAGUGGUGCAGUACUGUCGUAAAUUAUAUCUUUAGGCUGAAUCAUUUUCCAGUUAUUACUUCAUUACUGUUUCUGAGCAUCUUGCUGAAUGCAAAAUGGCUGCUACUUUUACUAAAUUAUAAUAUAAGUGAAUACACUUCCAAAGUACUUCAUUGGAUGCAUCAUACUUUGAGACACGAGGUUGCAAAGGGUUUCUAUAUCAAUGCAAUUUAAUGGCGAUAUGUACUUCAGAGUUAUGGGAAGAUGAUCAAUUGUACUGGUAAUGUUUAAAAAAAAGUUGACGUUCCGUUCAAAAAGGAUUAAGUCAUCAGAACUUAAGUAAAAUAUUCAGUUGUUUAUUUUUAUUUUAGCCCAGAUCCUUUCCAGAAUUUAGUUUUAUUCCUAGUUGAUAGUUUUGAAACAAGAAAAGCUAUGUCAAUAUCUUCAGGCUAGCAGGCCAAUGAAAAGUUUGAAGUAAACAUUUAGACAUUUUCAUUUUUCUAGAUUCUUCCCAUAGCAAUUCAAGCUACUUGCUAUGAAGUUCUCACCAGGUCACUGACUCCCAGUCAGAUGGAAUUUUUGUUUCUAUGUAAAGUGGCUUAAGAUUUGUACUGCCUGCAAAAGCUUUCUCAAAAUAGUGGCACUCUGUUUAUUUGGACUUCCAGAAAGUUCACAAGGAAGUUUGCCAGCUAAACAAAGCCAGGGCAGAACAUUAUGCUGGAUAAAGAUUUUGAUUAUGUACUAAAAAUACAGGCAAUAUUAGAUUAAAGAAAAGUCAAGCAUGGUAGAGAUCAGUGUUUGGAUCCUUGGAAUCAAUGAACUUAAUGUUGACACUAACUAUCUUGUCAGAAUUACAUGAACAUAAUAUUGACAGAAUGCAACUGAAUACUUGUAAUAUAAUUUAGACACUUCUUGCAAUUCAUAGCUGCAGGAUGGUUAAUACGUCGAAAUGUAAAGAUGGCUUUCAGAAGCUAUAGAGAAAACUGAACAGUCUGUGAAUGUUACAUCCAAAAGUCUAGUCAGAAUCCUAUAACUCUUAUAUAAUCUAGUGGUCAAUAGAUUUUUGGAUAUUAAGGGAAUCAAGGGAUAUGUAGUUAGUACAAGAAAGUGGUGCUCAGGUAAAAGAUUAGCCAUGAUAUAAUUAAAUGGCAAAGUAGGUGUGUAGGUCAAAAUGGUUUCUACCUGCUUCUAUUAUUUAUGUACUGAAAUACUAAAAAUAAAAUUUGACAUUCAAUAAUUGUAGAUUAUUCUAGGCCUAAUUCAUAAAUAAAAUUGUGCAGUGUGAUUUCAAAACCAGUACAAGAAUCUCAGUCCCUAUAAUAAACAUGGAUUUUGGUUCCUUUA